GGAUCUUGAAAAAGACUAGCAGUCUCCUCCCACUUUGAAGAAAAUCGACGAGAUUAAACAAGUAAAAUGGCAGCAAAUACCGGUAUGCCAGUGACUCGCAGAGCAAUGGUUGUUCCAGACUUAGAUGAGCUAUCAAGUGUUCUGCAGACGGGGUUGAAGAUCUGUUUUGAGACGGCUGAGGUCAAUGUCGUAGACUGCCCAGAUUUGACCCAGCAACCUUUCCACCUUGCAGCUCCAGGACUUUGUGGGAGUCCACGCCUCACUGAUGUGGGUGGUGUACCCUACUUGGUCCCAUUGGCUCAGAAAGAAAAGAAAUACAACUUGGAUACAGUUGCAGAGCAGGUUGAUCUUCCUGGUGCCUUCAUACUUGGUGCUGGAGCUGGUCCCCAUGCUGCUGUUGGUACCAAUAAUGAGAUGAUCGCCAAUAUCAGGACCAGAUCGGCUGACAGCGAGGGCGACAAUCAGACCCGUCUCUCGUCCAUCCUUCCAGAAGAUGGCUCCUACUGUCUCAAGUGCAGUCCUACCAGAGAUUUCAACCUCCUGGCAAACUUGAUGGCUUCUGAAGGAAAACCGGGCAAGGUGCUCGAGGUGAAAUGCCAAACCAGACGGAGUCCUGACAACUUUGUAUCACUCAUGCGACACUUUAUCCACAAGCACUAUGGAAAAGACAAGUUUAUCGGCUUAGGAGGUGUGUUUGUUAUUGAAGAAGGAAAAGCAAAGAUACAUAUAAUGCCUGACUUUUCCAAGAAACCCCUAGACACUGAGGAAGACGUGAAUAAAUGGUUAAAGUUCUUUGAGUUCAAAGCCCCUCUCAUCUGCUGCAGUGUGUUCGUCACCCAUGAUCCGGGCAUGGAUCUGAGACUAGAACACACGCAUUGUUUCAGCCACCACGGCCAGGGGGGACAUUACCACCACGACGUGACUCCUAAGACGGUUUCCUACCGAGGUUACUUUGUACCUGCUGAGUGGAUGUACAGAAUAGAUCCUCCAACAAUAACGCAUAACAUCGGAAGAGAUUAGACAGGUCAUGACAGCCACUUGGACGGUGGGGCACUUACAUUUUAUUGUUUGAUUUAUUUUUCACAAAUUGUUGAGUGAUUUUGAUAAAUCGUUGAAGAUACAUAAGAUGUGUGAUGUAAACAGUAAAGCCAUCCUGACACUUGCAUGCAAAAUAGUUUAAAGGCAUUGUUUAACAGUGUUAAAUCUGAGAUGCAUGGCCCUACGUGUUAUCAGUAUCAGUGUCUGGAUAUGGUGUA